CCGGCCGGACCACACCAGCGACCCGGGCCCUUUGGUGGCACCGCACUCACCCAGGGGCGGCACAAGCACCCAGAGCAGAGCUCCAAGAUGGGAGGCAAGCUCAGCAAGAAGAAGAAGGGCUACAAUGUGAAUGACGAGAAGGCCAAGGACAAAGACAAGAAGGCCGAAGGCACGGGCACCGAAGAGGAGGGGACCCCGAAGGAGAGCGAGCCCCAGGCGGCCGCCGACGCGGCCGAGGCCAAGGAGAGCCAGGAGGAGAAGCCCGACAAGGCGGCGGACGCCGAGGGCAAAGCAGAGGCGCAGGAAGGCGGCGACAAGGCGGCGGCCGCGGCCAAGGAGGAGAACAAAGGGCUCCAGGGUCUCACACUUGCAGGGUGCCAGUGUGAAGACUGCAAGGAGGGAUCUAAAUCUUCGUGUUCGCAGUUACCAGGUUCGUUCCUCUGCUUUGAAGGGAACACUACCUCUGCAUGA